AUGCCUGCGUCGAAUGCCAGCGAUGAGUUUGAUGAUGAUGUCUUCAUCGUCGAUAUCGACGGUAUCCAAGCUCAUGGGGUGGGAGCUGCAGAUAUUACGAAACUGAAAGCAAAUGGAUUUUAUACUGUUGCUUCUGUUCAUGGAGCCACGAGAAAGACGUUAUUGAAAAUCAGGGGCUUCAGUGAAGUCAAGGUAGAGAAAAUUAAAGAGGCUAUUCAGAAAUGCCAGCCCUCAGCUUCUGGUUUCAUAACUGCAAUGGAACUAGGCCACCAGAGGAAGCGAGUUGUAAAAAUUUCCACAGGGAGCAAGCAAUUCGACUCUAUCUUGGCAGGUGGAUUUCAGAGCAUGAGUAUCAGCGAGGUAUAUGGCGAGUUUCGCUGUGGUAAAACACAGCUUUCGCACACGAUGUCCGUCAUGGCGCAGCUGCCAAAGGACAUGGGCGGUGCGGAAGGGAAGGUGGCCUAUAUCGAUACAGAAGGCACAUUCCGGCCUGAAAGAAUCGCCCAAAUUGCGGAGCGGUUUGGUGUUGACCCAGAUUCCGCGUUGGAGAAUAUUGCUUAUGCUAGAGCACUGAACAGCGAGCACCAGCUGGAGCUUCUGAACACACUGUCAAAGGAGUUUGUGGGUGGUGAGUACCGCCUAUUGAUCAUCGAUAGCAUAAUGAACUGUUUCCGCGUCGAUUACUGUGGGCGUGGGGAACUGGCGGAUCGACAGCAAAAGUUGAACCAGUUCUUAAUGAAACUCGCGCACAUGGCAGAAGAAUUUAACGUUUGCGUUUUGAUGGUAUGCGCCUCGAAGAACAGAGAAAGUUUAGCUCUUGGUAUUCGUGCUUAUCCCACAACACAGACAAAUCAGGUACAGAGCGAUCCUGGCGCGAGUUCCCUUUUUGCAGGCGCAGAUGGACGCAAACCGGUUGGAGGGCAUAUCUUAGCACACGCUUCAACCACUCGAGUCUUGCUUCGGAAAGGUCGAGGUGAUGAAAGAGUCGCAAAGAUCCAAGAUUCUCCAGAUUGUCCGGAGCGUGAGGCCAUCUACGUGAUCACGAAUGGAGGGAUCAAUGAUCCAGACAAGAUAUAA